AUGAAUCCAGUGGUGAAGCCAUGGCCUUUCAGAGGAUGGGCAAUGGACCUCAUUGGCAAGAUCUAUCCAGCUAGUAGCAAGCAGCAUUGUUUUAUCAUUGUGGCUAUAGACUAUUUCACCAAGUGGGUGGAAGCCAAGCCUGUUAAAUCCACCACAUCCCAAGAGAUCAUCACCUUCAUAGAAGAGCAGAUUAUACAAAGGUUUGGCAUUCCAGAAUCAAUCACAACUAACAGAGGAUCUUCUUUCAUAUAUGGAGAAAUGCUGGAUAUGGUAGAGGCAUUCAAAUUUAAGCUACUCCAAUCCACCCCUUACUAUGCUCAAGCUAAUGGACAGGCAGAAUCCAAUGACAAGGUAAUCAUCAACAUUAUCAGGAAAAUGCUUGAGAAAAAUCCAAAGCAAUGA